ACUUUUACCCAAUACCUUCCCGCCUAUUCUCAUUUCCCACCGGCGCCGGUGCUCUCUCUCUCUCUCUAUCUUCAAUGCCUGUUGAUAUGGGUGGCGUCGGCGCUGUCGUCGAAUUGGAUGAAGAAAUCGACGGAGAAGAAAUCGGCUCCAGAAAUUUCCGCUUCUCCAAAAUCGGAGGAUCUGUCCCUAUUCUCCAGUCCAGCGGCGCAAACUCCCAAUUCGACCCGCAAUCCCUUCCUUCCCAGCCUUUGGCCGUCUCUGAACGGUUCGGCCUCCUCUUUCUAGCGCAUCCACACGGCAAGGGGUUUUAUGUUGCUCGGACCAAGGACGUGAUGACUUCAGCUGAGGCCAUCAGUGACAAAAAGGAAGCUCCAUCACUGCAAGAGUUGAGCCUCGUGCAUGUUGCCAUUGGAAAUGUUUCGAUGCUGUCCGUAGCAGCUGACGAUUCUUUGCUCGCUGCUACUGUUUCUAGUCACCUCCAUUUCUUUGCUAUUAGUGCAUUGCUUCACAAGGAGCAAGUUCCCUCAUAUUCAGUCUCACUUGAUGAUUCCAUUUGCGUCAAGGAUUUACGCUGGGCUAGAAAAGAUGCAAAAGCUUAUGUUGUUCUUUCGACCAGUGGAAAACUGUACCAUGGAUCCGGUCAAGGCCCCCCUACUUGUUUGAUGGAAGGUGUUGAUUCUGUUGACUGGAGUACCGGAGGCAAUCAUAUUGCUGUGGCUCUAAACAAUGUUGUCAGCAUUUUAUCGUCUCGCUUUAAGGAAAAAGUAAGAUUCUUGCUAUCGUUUCAGUCGGUCAUUGGUGAUGCUGAUGUUAGCCAGGCUAUUAGAGUGGAUUCCAUCCGAUGGAUCCGUCCAGAUAGUAUAGCUGUUGGAUGUUUCCAAUUAAAUGACGACGGUGAGAAGGAGAAUUACAUAGUCCAAGUAAUCACAAGCUGGGGCAGAAGACUUACUGAUGCAUCUCUGAAGCCAAUCAUUUUGUCAUUUAAUAAUAUCUUCAUCGAUUUCUGUUCUGAUGCUGUGCCCAAUCCAAUCGGACCACAUCUAUUUCUCAGUUACCUUAAACUUCAUGGGCUGGCGUUUGUUGCUAAUAGAAACAUGUCCCAAAAAGUUGUGUUGUUCUGUUGGCCAGAGGAUAAUGGGAAGAAUGAAGCUGCUACGGUUGAGAUUCUUGAUGAUGCUUGGAAUCUUUAUAUCGAUUCUCAAGCUGAUGGUGAAGAAAAUGUGAUCCUUGGGCUCUCUCUUGACAAGGCUUCCCAGAACAAGAAUCUCAGUUUCACUCUGGGGGAUGUUGAAAGAGAAGUCUCACCCUGUUGCGUGAUUAUAUGCAUAACAAUUGAUGGGAAGAUCUCAGUUUUUCAUUUUGUUAGUGCUGUAGAUGCUCUAUCGUCAACUGGAGGAUGUGCAUCCAGUGAGGAAGAUGAUGCUUCUCAGGAAUCGGUUAAGCAUAAGCUGCCCCUGGUUUCUUCUGCAGAUAGAGAGAUAACCUCUACAACUUUCCAAUCUCAUGAACUCAGUGGAACCGAAGUUAAAAAGAGUAUUGCGGAAAAUAGUUUAUCCCCUUCGACUGAGUUAGACAUCAGAACACAAGAGCAAAGAACUGUAGAAAAUGUGGGAUCCCAGACACUGAAAGUUGAUGACCCGAAGAAAGUUCUCCCUAUAGCGCUAAAUGAACAUAGUGAUACUGAGCAUCAGUCAACAUCAGAAGUUGUACCAAACAAAGGCUUCUUCUCAGGAAACAUAGUGAAUGAUGUUUCAAGUCAAUCAGCAAGCAACUGUACAUCAUUUGGAUCUAAUGUGGAGCCAUUACAUAAAAUACAGCCAUCAACCGCUACUCCAAGCACAUGGCAAUUACCAAGGUCAGAUGCAAAUGUUGAUGCUUCUGAAAUUCCUGAUAACGUUGAUAAUUCAGAUAAAAGCACAUUACAAUCUGCCACAAGCAUACUCAAAAAUUCGACAGACUUGAAAGAAAAAUCUUCUGUUACUUUUACUUCGUUUGGACAGACAUUAUUGAGUGCACAGGGGACUAGAAACAUACUGCCAGCAUAUCCUAGUUCACAAUUGUCAUCAGGGAGUCUUUUUUCUUCAGGGAAAGGGUUCCAGUCUGAACACAAAAAGGAAGCGAGUGCACCUGUGUCUUCACCAUUGCUGAUGGCAAGUGGUUUUGUUUCAGGAAAUGCAUUUCAGUCUGAACCCAAGAAGGAACUGAAUGAAACUCUAUCUCCGUCAUUGCAAUCGCAGAGUAGUUUUGCUUCAGGAAAAGUGAUCCAGCCUGAAUCCAAGGAGCCUACUGCACCUUCAUCUUUACCUUUGCUAAUGCAGUGUAGUUUUGCUUCAGGAAAAGUGUUUCAGUCUGAACCCAACAAGGAACUGAAUGCAACUCUAUCUCCAUCAUUGCUAUCGCAGACUAGUUUUGCUUCAGGAAAAAUGGUCGCAUCUGAAUCCAAGGAGCCUACUGCACCUUCAUCUACACCAUUGCUGAUGCAGAGUAGUUUUGCUUCAGGAAAGAUGUUUCAGUCUGAACCGAACAAGGAACUUAAUGCAACUCUAUCUCCAUCAUUGCUAUUGCAGAGUAGUUUUGGUUCAGGAAAAGUGGUUCCAUCUGAAUCCAAGGAGCCUACUGCACCUUCAUCUCCAUCAUUGCCGAUGCAAAGUAGUUUUUCUUCAGGAAGAGUAUUGCAGUCUGAAUCCAAGAAGCAACCGAAUGCAUCACCAUCUCCAACGUCAGCGUCACGCUUUGUACAGAAUGUAUCUAAACAUUUUGGAAACGUUGAAGAAAUGGCUAAAAAACUUGAUAAUCUGCUUGAAGGCAUUGAAGGAAAGGGUGGCUUCAUGGAUGCAUCCAUAAAUUCUCAAGCAAAAUACGUUACAGAACUGGAGGAAGGAAUAUGGGCUCUUUCCGAUAAAUGCGGAAUGUGGAGGGGCUUAUUGAAUGAGAAACUUGGGGAAACUCAAAUUUUGCUUGAGAAGACAGUAGAAGUGUUGGCAAGGAAAUUAUACAUGGAAGGGUUGUUCAAACAAACAACUGAUAGAAAAUAUUGGGAAUUUUGGAAUCGCAAAAAAUUGAGUUCAGAGCUGGAACUGAAGCAGAGACGUAUAUCAGAACUGAACCAGGAGUUAACCAAUAAGUUGAUUGAAUUAGAGAGACAUUUCAACUCUCUGGAGUUUAAUAAGUUUCGUGAAAAUGAAGGAACCCAAAGGGAUCGGAGAGCUUUGCUGAAUAGGCAAGGGCGUUCAAGGCAAAUUCAAUCCUUGCACAGUGUACACAAUACAAUAACUGCACAACUAUCUGCUGCUGAGUAUCUCUCUGGGUGUCUCUCAAAACAAAUGGCUUCUUUGUGUAUUGAAUCUUCUGGAAAACAUGAUGUCAAAAAGCAGCUUUUUGAAUCCAUUGGCCUCACAUAUGUUGGUGAUAGUGAAAGAUCACCAGCUAGGAAUAGAACACCCACUGUUCCUGCAAACAGAGAAUUAUCUAUUGCUUCAAGCUCUGUUGAUGCGAAAGAACAGUCUAGAAGGAACCAAUCUGGCUAUCCCAAGGGCAGUGAACCACAAACUGCGAGGAGGCACCGUGACUCUCUUGAUCGUAGCUGGGUGAGUUUUGACCCUCCAAAAUCAACAGUAAAGAGGGUGCUAAAAGAAGAUUAUGAGAAGGGAAGUCCGAAUCAGCCAUUGCUAAACAUAAAUAAACAAUAUCUCAGUCCUCAGAAGAAAUCUGAGGUUUCUCAUUCAGAACUUUCGAAAACCUCUGGAGUUUUUCCAAAGCAUCACAAAGGCAAAGACUUGGCAAGUUCACCAGAACAGUUCACUGACAGCCCAUCAUCUUUGCUCCGUGCGACACCUGGAUUUCAAGAACGAAUUCAAGGAUCAUCAACCAAGGAUCCUUCUGCAUGGCUACCCCCAUCCAUUUCAGAGACAAGGAUGAGUCAGAACCGUGAACUGGGUGCUUUCGGACUAGAAGGUGACAAAACAAGGAGUAGCCAGCCUUCUACUGGGACAAAAUUCUCUUUUGUUACAAGCCAGUCUAAAUUUCCCCAGCAGCCUGCAACAAGCUUCUGGCCGUUAACAUCAACGCCUGAGCAGUCUCUGAUUUCACCCUUUGGCUCGACUGGGAAUAUGGAUCACUUAAACGAAACAACCAAGGAUCAGAAGAACACUAAUCUGGUGUCUGAGACAUCAGAUACUAAAUUUCCAGUAACUUUCUCUUCUGCUUUUAGCUCUGCCCCUAAUCAACCAGAGAAGAAUUUGUUCAGUAAAAGUUCUGAAAGGCCAAGUAGUCCUAAUGAUGGUCCAUCAGCUUCUAGCCCACUGCAAACAGUUUUGGAUCCAUCAUCACCUUUGAGUAACAGUUAUCCAGCCCCCUUGUCCGUGGCAAAACCAAGUUCAUCAACAUUAUUUCCUGCAACUUUUUUCCGUUCUGAAGCCAAGGAGGAUGUGUCACAGGGACAGACAUCUGUUUCUUCAGCAGUAACUUUACCUUCUACAGUACCUUCUUUGAUUGACGGGAGCGGUUCUGCAUCUGUAUCAUCUUCGAACAUUUUCAAAUCUGAACCAUCUUUGCCAAUGUUUGGAUCAAAGACAGAGGUACAGACUAAGGUUAAUACUAUUCCAUCAAAUACUGAAACUGGUGCUACGCCACAGGCUUCAACUGUUUUACCGAGCAAUUCCAAGUCUGGGAGUCAAAAUGAUAUGGGUGGCAAAUCAGAUAAUUCUUUUGCUACAUCAGCUAUCAAGGUGGAAGUUCCUUCCGCAACUCUAGCUGUUUCAGCAGUUGCACAAUCAAGCGAAGGGAUAAAUGGAAGCAUGCAAAGUGCUAUUUCAAAUUUUUCUCAUGAGGAAGAAAUGGAGGAAGAGGCUCCCGAGACGGAUCAGACAACUAAUAUCACAUUUGCAAACCUUGGUGGGUUUGGCAUUGGAGCAACUCAAAACUCAACCACUCCAAAAGCAAAUCCAUUCGGUGUAACGGCCCUUAACACGGGUUCAACUCCUGCUCCCUCCCCAUUUACAAUGACUCCUGCACCCAGUGGCGAGCUGUUUCGCCCUGCAUCUUUCAGCUUCCAACCAGCACAAACUCUGCAGCCAACAACUGUUAACUUCUCUGGAGGAUUUGGUUCUGGAGUUUCUGGUCAAGGUUCAGCUGCAGCUGGAUUCGGGCAACUUGCAAAUGUAGGAGCUGGCCAACAAGGUCUAGGCUCAGUACUUGGCUCUUUUGGACAGUCUAGGCAGCUUGGGACUGGUCUACCUGGAAGCAAUGCUGGUUUUGGUUUUGGAGGUGGAUUUGCAGCUGCUGCUUCAGGUAGUGGUUUUGGAGGUGGAUUUGCAGCUGCUGCUUCAGGUGGUGGAUUUGGAAGUCUGGCAACAGGUGGUGGUGGAGGUUUUGCUGCUGCAGCCACAGGUGGAGGAUUCGCUGCUGCAGCCACUGGUGCUGGAGAAUUUGCUGCGGCUGCUGGUAGUGCUAAUGCUGGAGGCAGGUUUAUGUCGACAGGUUCAGGUGGCGGAUUUGGAGCUUUCAGCAAUCAGGCUGGUAGUGGUGGCUUUGGCAUCAGCGGUUCGGGAACUGGAAGACCUCCCUCAGAACUUUUUACACAGAUGAGGAAAUAGUUUGUAACAAUUAAAUGAUGUAACAACUCGCAUACACUAAUCCCUUUUUGUAGGCUUUCUUGGAAAUGUGAUACACAUUUUGUUAUCUCUUAGAUCAUCAAACCAGGUACAUGGAUUGAUAUACCCAAAAUAUCAAUGGGGUUUUCUAUAGAAAUAGUAUUAUUGCUUA